UUGAACCGGAAAUGUCUGAAAUACAAAUAGAGUAAAGUAAAAACAUUGUAAUGUAUUUAUUAAAUCAAAUGCAUAGUAAUGAAUGCAUGGCUUAACGAUUACGCUGCCGAAGCAGCGUACAGUGAUACUUGCGUUGCAAACGCUCCCUGAGGUGGAACGGAGCCGAGCGCUUUGUUCGAUGUUUUGGCCUGUGAAUGAGAUCGCUGACAUGUGAACACGACACAAUACAAUGGCUCUAUCGUCGAACUGCUGGAAAUACCUCGUGCUGACCUUCAAUAUAUUGUUCGCUAUGUCAGCAGUGGUACUUUUCGGUAUGAGCGGAUAUCUUCUAUAUCGGUUGUUUAUAUACCGUCACUUCAUAGGAGUGAGUGUGGAAUAUCCGGCUAUACUUCUAUUGAUGUUGGCAAUCAUCACCUGUUCCAUAGCCUGGAUUGGAUGGAGAACUGCAAAGUCUAUGCAUCAAAUACACGUUAUAAUAGCAGGACUCCUGAUAAUACUGAUAGUAGUGGUGGAGUUCACAUGUUUCGUGUGGGCGAUGGUGGUAUGGGACAACAUAGAGAUCGACAUCAAGACGACCAUGACGUCAUACUUCCAGCUCACGACUGAUAAUAAGGAUACCAACGCUGACGCGUACCGUUGGGACAGGUUACAUGUUAAGUUUGAAUGCUGCGGCGUGAGCGGGCCCAGCGACUACAGUUCGUCAGGCCACGUGCCCUUCUCGUGCUGCGGCCAGGGCCCACUGGACUCCGUGCAAAAGCCGUACACAGCGGACUGCGCCAAGCUGUUCCAGCGCGGCUGUGGCAAUCUGCUGCACGAUUAUGCCAGACAGCAGCUGCUGUUGGUUGCGAUGGUUGCUCUAACAGCGUCGCUACUGCAGAGUUCGGGUAUAUUCUGCACAUUCUUCCUCGCGCACGCGAUCAAGGAGCGCCGGCGAGCCUCCCUGCGGCACUCCAUAUCAGUGCGGGAGGCUUUCGCGGCGCCCGACGACUCCUUGCUGUCAAACCCGACAGCCCCCGCGCCCACCUUGCCAAAGUAUUAAAUUACCUAGCUUGUAAGUUAUAAUAAACUAGAUACUGUGAAGUCUGUGCGGGCUUCUUAGAGAAAGGAAAAUAAAACAAAAACGUUUUUGUGUGUACGUAAAGUGAGCGACAGCCAAUGAGAAAUCGUUAUGGUCUUUGGGCUCAAGAACAAAAUAUUUAUUCAUAACUUACAACUUACAUACACAAAGCUUGAGCAGCAUAUAUCAUAGCAGAAAGACGUUUGGCUAAUAUGUAUGCACUAAACUCAAGAGUGAGCCUUACAGUUGACAGCUGACAUUAUUUCAGGUUGUAAUUAGAUUAUUAUUAUGCAAAGGUAAGGCCACACCGAUGCAUUUGUGUUUUGAGUUCUGCAUCCAAACCAAAGAGUAUUGCAGUCAAUACUCUUCGAAGCUUAGGAAGCUCGGUCUGGCCUCGCUUUAAAACAAACGUCCCAUUUGUUUUAACUUAAGCAAUAUAAUGUAGCUUACGUAAAUCAUUUUUACCUGGUACCUUCAAUCAUUCUCACACUUUGCUUGUGUAGUGUAUGAAUCAAAAGAUAAGAGGACAUCUAUGCAACAGUUGUAACUGUGGUUUUCAACAGUGAGGUCCUGGGUUCGAUUUCCAUCUUGGGGUAUUUUUGGAUUAUUUAUUAUCUAAAUUGGCUUUAAAACCGCCAGAAGUAAUAGCUAAAAUUAACCUGUUCCUCUUCUAAGUAAGCCCGUUGCCAUUUAUUCAUUCUAAACUGCAGCUGCUAUCACGUGAGAUCGCAGUCAACUUAUGACUUAUGAAAAACAAAAACGUUAUGACAGACAACACAAUGUGUGAGUGUCUUGAGAUACCAGGUGAAAAUAAUUUAGAUAUUAGUAAUUAUUUAGUACCAUAUAGUUAUAUUGCAACAACGUGCAAUUGCAAAUUGACUUUGCAAAUGACUUUGCAAUUGCACGUUGUAGAGUCAACAUCUCCUGAGGAUGCUCCGGUUUCGGAGUGAAACGUACGUAGAGAGUAUUUUGUCGGACCUGGGUGACGUUGUCGCAUGGGUUCGCCGAAUUUUCGCGGAUGAUAGCAAAAUAAAUAAAUCAUUAUAUAACCAUAUAGUUAUGGCGAUACAUAAAUUACGUCACACGAUUUCAGAGUAUAAGUUCACAAAGUAACUUCAUGAGAUACAAAGGGGGAGGGGGGAACUCAGGAGUAUCAUUAAACCUCUUAAAUUACUAACUCCCAGUGAUGCAAAAAUCAUGAAAUUAUUGAGACGUAUUUUAUAGUCUUCACCAUUUAAUGAUUUCGAAUAGUUAGAAUAAUUACUUGAUUUGGAUAAGUUAUUGGAAUAGAAUUUUAAUGUAGACUGUAUUACAUAUAGUAAAACGACUGGUAAGUAACUAAUUAGGGACGUUCAUUGACUUAAAAACCAAAAGAAAUAUAUUACUUAUCUAUGUAUUUUUCUGUUAUAUUUCAUACCUAAUAUUUAAUUCAAACUUUACCCGUCUUUUACACCAAUCAAUAGACAUUUUAUAUGUAUUUAAAAUCUGCAUUUUUAUUGUAUUUGCAUUAGUAAGUAUCUACUAUGUAGGUAAUUUUAUACAAACUUUUCUUCUUGGAAAAAUCUAUAAGAAAAUAAAUUGUUAUACAUUAUUAAGGAUAAUUUUAUCUGGCUUUAUGAAGCUAUGUGGUAUACAAAAUUAUCUACUAAUUGGGUAUUUGACUAAUUAACAAUUAAGUGAGUAGGUAAUAAAGAUUUUUUUACAUAUUUUUAA